UUUUAUACAACGAUGGCAGCUCUCGAUUUGAGUUUAUUCGGACACGUUUGUUCACUACUGUCUCUCGUAUGCGCGGAGUAAAUCUUCGUCUGCCGAUAAGAAUAUUUUUUCAAUUUUCACCGGAUUUCGCUUGACACAUAGCGUGUUUGGCACAUAUCCCUAACUGUGAUACGAAACGGUAUUAGUCAUUUGAUGGAGCUGAUGAUAUGAGAGCGACCUAAAAGAGAGAAACGAAAUAUCAUUGAAAGGAUUAAUAUAUCGACAUGGACAGCAAGGGGAGGAAGAUCAUCGUUUGCGACAAUGGCACCGGGUUUGUCAAGUGCGGAUAUGCUGGUGCAAAUUUUCCGGCCCAUAUAUUUCCAUCUAUAGUUGGACGACCAAUAAUUAGAGCUGUCAAUAAGAUCGGCGAUAUCGACGUGAAGCAAGAAUAUUGCGUUCGUGAUGUGCUUAACAUGCCUGAUUUAAUGGUCGGCGAUGAAGCGAGCAAGCUUCGUUCUAUGUUAGAGAUAAGUUAUCCCAUGCAAAAUGGAAUUGUAAGAAAUUGGGAGGACAUGUGUCAUGUGUGGGACUAUACAUUUGGCAAAGAGAAAAUGAAUAUUAAUCCUAGAGAAUGUAAAAUUCUGUUAACUGAGCCACCGAUGAAUCCUAUUACAAACAGAGAAAAGAUGAUUGAGGUAAUGUUCGAGAAAUAUGGUUUCGCGGGUACAUAUAUCGCGAUUCAGGCAGUACUAACGUUAUACGCUCAAGGAUUGAUCAGCGGUGUCGUUGUGGACUCCGGUGAUGGUGUCACGCACAUUUGUCCCGUGUUUGAGGAAUACGCUUUGCCACAUUUAACUCGACGGUUAGAUAUAGCUGGACGCGAUAUUACUAUGUACCUAAUCAAAUUAUUACUGCUACGUGGUUACGCAUUCAAUCACUCGGCUGACUUCGAAACGGUUAGAAUGUUGAAGGAGAAAUUGUGUUAUAUCGGUUAUAAUAUAGAAACGGAAGAAAAGUUAGCUCUUGAAACCACUGUGCUGGUGGAGUCUUAUACUCUUCCUGACGGACGUGUGAUAAAAGUAGGCGGUGAGAGAUUUGCAGCGCCAGAAGCUCUCUUCCAGCCGCAUUUAAUUAAUGUCGAAGCGCAGGGGAUAGCCGAGCUGGUCUUUAGCACAAUUCAAGCGGCCGAUAUCGAUAUCAGAAGCGAGUUGUACAAGCACAUUGUUCUGAGUGGAGGUAGUACGAUGUACCCUGGGCUUCCGUCAAGACUCGAACGAGAAAUUAAGCAACUUUAUCUCCAAAGAGUAUUAAAGAAUGAUACUACUAAAUUGAAUAAAUUUAAAAUAAAAAUUGAAGACUCACCUCGACGUAAGGAUAUGGUCUUCAUGGGUGGUGCUGUGUUAGCGGAAAUAACGAAAGACCGAGAUUCCGUAUGGAUAACGCGGGAAGAGUACGAAGAGAAAGGUCUCAGUGUACUAAAGAAAUUAGGCUCUUAUGAAUCAUAAAGAAAGUCAUUAUAGGUUACAAAAGUUUUUAAUGGGCAAUCAAGUGUUUUUUAUAUCUAAGGAAAUGUUCUUGAGAGUUGCUCUCAACACUUUUAUGCAGAUAAUUUGUUGUAUAAUUGUGAAAAAGCAAGACACUUUGAAAGACUACUAGCUAUUUGAUAUUAAGCUGGUAUUGCAUUUUUUGGUUAAAAAUUAUAUAAUUUCAAUUAAUGACAGCUGAAAGAUUUCAAAUACAUAGUCCAGUGCUAUGAUUUCAAUAAAAAAAAAUAAAAAAAAAAAAAUAAA